AUGUUUGCCCGUGCCUUCUCGCAGCAGACCAAGGCGGCCCGCGCUAUGCGCGUGGCUGGCCAGCAGGUGCGCCACAGCUCGAACCUGCCGAUCCCGCCGAAGAUCGCUACCCCGAAGAGCGUCUCGAGCCCCAGCGGCAGCAACACCGACGCUGUGGUGAGCUUCUACAAGGCCCUCCCGAAGGGCUCGGAGCCGGAGAAGCGCGCUACUGGUAUCAAGGCCAAGUACUUUGACGGCAAGAACGCGAGCGGUAAGCCGCUUGUGUGGACCAUUGCUGGUCUCAUGCUGUUCGGUUACACGCUCGAGUACAACGGUCACCUGAAGCACCACAAGAACGCGCACCACUAA